CCGAUAAUUUUAAUUUUGAUAACUACGUGUAUAACUCAAGGAGUCAGAUAUUACAUGAGGGGUAUUGAUGAAGAUGGUUUUGCUGCUAAUUUUGUUGAGACGGAGCAAAUAAUUAAUUACGAAAGACACACCUCCUCAUUUGUACAGACCCAUGGUUCAAUACCCCUCCAUUGGUCCCAAAGGCCUACACUCAAGUACAAACCGACUCCUAAAGUCGACUCGUCCUCCAACGAGCAAGAGACCGGGAUACAGCUCCACUUUGAUAGACAGAUAGUUCAUUAUGGACGCCAGACUGUUGUGAAUCUUAUCAACCAGAAGGGAUCCGAGAAGAAAUUAGGAGGCUUUUCAAUACUUGUGACUAAACUGUCCAGCUUGCCAAUUUGGUACGAGAGAGAGAGAAGGACUAAUGUAGUGCAGAGUUUAUUGGCAAGGAGGAGCCUAUCAGCUCAAUUGAAAAGUUUUGGCGUAAUCAGCGAAGGAGAAAAACUAGAGCAGAAAAAAGAAUUCGAGACUAGUUUCAAAAACAUAUGGGCUGACAAUGCUGACUAUUGCGCAAUACAGUAUGCUGGAACUGGUGCUUUGAAAACCGACUUCACUAGAACGGGCAAGAGGACUCCACUUGGUGCUAUAAAGGAUGGGUAUAAUUCUGCCAUUAGAUAUUAUUAUAAUAAUUUUGCCGAUGGAUUCCGUCAAGUAAGA